CAAUCGAUUGUUAUGUAAAGUUAAAUGAUUGGUAUAAUGCAUUUAAAUUUGCUUGUAGCGAAAGAGAGAGUGAAAAUGAUAUUUUAAUAAGAAAUGGAUUUGAAGCUGCUAAUAAAUUAAUUUCAAACAAUUUACCAGUAAAUUUAUCAUUAAAUCCAGAUGCCAUAUAUACCAGUAGACUCCUUGAUUUCAAAUAUCUUCCAGAACCAAGAAAUUCAUAUACGUUAGAAACUCGAGAAAACCCCAAUUUUAACUCAAAUAAUCGCAAAGAACCUCUUAAAGAUUUUACAAGAUCAUUGUCAAUUGUACCAGACAAUGAAUUUGCACAGAAAUCUGAAAGCUUAUACCUUAUCGAGUUAACAGAGCCUGAUAUUACUAUCAACAAUAAUAGUAAUUCAAAAGUUUGGAAUAAUAUCAACUCGAAUUUUGCAUCAGUUCAUGCAUCAGUUGCACAAAAGACAGCAGAUACAGAAAGACUGCUUUCAUUGCUUAUUAAACAAAAAGAUAAUAUUGACAAAAUUCUAGAUUCUCAACCUGUAUGUGCUUUGGGACCUGACUUUCAACAAGGUCACUCUGUACCAUGCAUUGCUUGCUGGGUUACCAUGCCACUUGAUAUGGUAAUAGUUGAACAACUUUCAGCCUUAUUUGAUAAUGAGUUUGAAAUAAUUAUUCAUAUAGUAGAAGAACAAUAUAAGUCAUUAAAUAAUGGAAAUAAUGGAAAUAAGACUAAUAGGAAAAAUGAAAAUAACGAGAAGAGUAAAGUUAAUGGAGAAAAAGAUGAUGAUGAUAGAAAUAGGAUUAUAAAAUGUAGUUAUGUAGAUAAUCCAUUUAUGCAAGUUCAGUCUGUAGCAUAUGUCGAAUUUGAAAAUAUAUUACAAACUUUUACAAUAAAUGCAUACAUCAGAGCGAAUAUUAUCACUAUGAAUCGUGUAUCUAGGAAUUUAUUAGAGUUUAGCAUCAAUCUAUCCCAAUGCGAAACAGGAAAGAUGCUCAGUGAAAUUUGUGAAUCAUUUCAAGGCAUUAUAGGCUAUUAUCUUGAUUCUAUUUUAAUUAAAGUCUCCCCAAUUUUUUAUAAUGAAGAUGCAAUCAACGUUAUUGAUACGGGUUUUAACGGCCAAAUAGGUACUACUGGCCUUACAGCAAGCAGCAAUAAGAAAUAUAGAAAUAUCACCGAGACAAGUAAUUGGCAAAUGGAUCUUAAUUUCUGUGCAAAUACAGGAGUGCGUUGGUCAUAUCAAUAUAAUUUCAAUGGGACUGAUAGAAAAUGGCAGAAUUCACAUACCCAUAUUGGUCAUUGGUACCUUUCAGAUGAGAUGAAAGGGUUUCGGAUCACUAUUACACAGAUAUUAUGCCACAAAUUCAAUUCAUAUUUCUUCCUUUGUGGUAAAAAACCAGAAAUAAUAAAAAAAUGCCCAAAAAUUUUUCAUAAUCUUGAAAUUUCUUUUACUGAUAUGGCAAACUUCAAUGAAAACUUUGAAAAGCUAGCCAAAAAAGUGCACAGGACAUGA